GCGCAUCUUAAAAAUAUUAGUGCCAGUAUAUACGAACGGGUGACUGUGUGUACAUACUCACAUAUUUUUGUGCUAUAUAUUAUUUAUUAUUGUGAUUUUCAAAAUGAAAGGGAUCAAGAUUUUGUUUACAUUAUGUCUUGUCGUGACCAGCGUGAGAAGCAAGUCAGAACACAAGAGAGCACUCAUAUUUCCUCCCACAAGUCUUUACGGGACUUUCCUCGCCAUCGCCGUGCCCAUCGACAUACCCAAUAAGAACGUGUUCGUGUCCUACAACUUCGAGUCAAAUUACAGCACCCUGAACAAUAUUACUGAAAUCGAUGAAGUGAUAUUCCCUAAUCUACCUGUGGUGACGUCACGUCAAAGCCGAAGUAUAUCACGUGAGCUGACCUAUACCAUCUUGGAGAACAGGUUUCAAGAAUACGGCAUGAAGGGCCGAGAAUGCAUGCUACGUAACAUUUGUGAAGCAGCGGAGACUCCACUACACCACAACGGCAUCCUCGGCCACAUCCUCCAUAUUAUAUUCACUCCCUCAUCAUCCCAAGAAGAAGGAAUAGAGGACGAGUAUUACGAAGCCGAGGCUGCCGGGCACCGCGGCGACUGCGACAAGUACGUGGACGACUGUCCCACCAGCCUGUUCGACUACAUCACCAGACUCGUUGAAUUCACACACAGUAAACAAUAAACUAAUUUAGACGA